AUGGGUGAAAUAAGAAGUGGAAUUGGAUCUCGCGAUUAUUAUGAAAUGUAUUCUAGUUUCAUAGACAAAUUUGGACCACGUCCAUCAGGAAGUGAGACACUCGAAAAGGCAAUUGACUAUAUGAAAGAUCUCACAAUCAAGCACGGAGUACAUGAUGUUCACACUGAGGAUGUCAUGGUUCCUGAAUGGAAACGUGGCCAUGAAUCCCUUAAAAUGAUAAGACCACGACUAACGAAACUGUCUAUUCUUGGCAUUGGACUCAGCGUUCCAACGCAUGGAAAAAUUAGAGCAGAAGUUAUUGUGGUAUCUAGUUUUGAGGAAUUGGAAAGAAUCGAUAAUGCCAUAAUUAAGGGCAAAAUCGUUCUUUUUAAUGCUCCUUUUACUACUUAUCAAAAUACUAUUCAGUACAGAAGAAAUAGUGCCGUUAAAGCAGCUAGAAAGGGUGCUGUAGCAGUUUUAAUUCGAAGUAUUACUCCUAGAUCCUUAUAUACAACUCAUACUGGAGAUUUAGUUUAUGAACCCCACGUUAAAAAAAUACCAGCUGCAGCAAUUACAAUAGAAGAUGCUGAUCUUUUACAGCGAAUUUAUAACCGUGGGGAAGUUAUUGUUGUAGAAAUGCAAAUGUCUAAUGAACUGAAAGUAAAUAAAUCUAGAAAUUUAAUUAUUGAUGUAAAAGGUUAUGAUAUUCCGGAUAAAAUGGUUAUAGUUUCUGGACAUAUAGAUAGUUGGGAUGUCGGUCAGGGUGCUAUUGACGAUGGGGGUGGUAUGAUGAUUAGUUGGUUUGUGCCUGUUGUUUUAAAUUACCUUAAAUUAAAACCGAGAAGAACUCUGAGAGUAAUAUUAUGGACGUCUGAAGAAGUAGGCCUUAAUGGUGCAAAAUCCUACAUGAAUAGACACAGUGAUGAAUUGGAUAACAUAGAUUUUAUAAUGGAAUCUGAUGAAGGAACAUUCAAACCUUUGGGUUUGGAAGUAGCUGGACCUAAAGACCUUACAUGCUUAAUUAAUGAAAUUUUACAAUUAUUUACACCAUGGGAUUUAAAUAGGUUGAAAGUAGCCAAUAGCACAGGAUCCGAUAUUUCUAUAUUUGUUGAUAAGGGAAUUCCUGGAGCGUCCCUUUUAAAUAAAGAUGAUCGUUAUUUCUGGUAUCAUCAUUCAGAUGCUGAUACCUUAACUGCUCAAAGUAAGUCUGAUGUUCUAGACUGCGCUGCAUUUUGGGCUGCAAUAUCAUAUCUCAUUGCCGAAUUACCUGUUAAUAUUAGCAGAAGUUAA